AUGAAAUCGGGGCUUGUGGCUGAGUGGGGUGGGGGGGGGGUGGGUGGGGGGCUUCGUGGGGCAUGGAGUGGAUGGGGGGGGGGUGUAUGUGGUGUCGGGGAUAAGUGGUGCAUAGUUAGUCACUGGGCGGAUGGAGGGGGGUGGGGGGGGGGGGGGGGGGGGGCGUAUUGUGAUACGGACCAACUCUUGUGGAUGUAUAUAGUGGAGCACUGGGAUGCGGGGUCGGGGAGUGGGGGGGAUCAGGCGGGGGGCCAGGAGUGA